AUGGCUUCUGAGUCCAAUGGUGGCCUUGGUUUCGUGAUUGGAGGGGUCCAGAUAUGGUUUCUGAAAUUGAGCUUGCAGGUAGUAUUCAAAACUCGCAUUUACCACUGCAAUAUAGACCCUGAUGGCCAUGUUAGUAUGGGAAUAUUGAAGGAUGGUUGGAGUCCAGCACUAACAAUUACUAAGGUGCUACUUGCCGUUAGAUCAAUUUUAACAAAUCCUGACCCUUAUAAUGCUGUUGUCCCUGGCAUUGCUCACUUGUAUUUGGGAGACAGAGCAAAACAUGAUGAUAUUGCUGCAGAGUGGACUGUCCGAUUCGCCAAGUGAAUAUGAUACAGGAGCCCUUUGAUUGGCUUACAUCUUAUAUAUCAUGUUCCAAUAUUUCUGUAAAUGAGAAUGAUAGUUCAUAGUUCAUGCACUCGUAACAA